AUGUUGCUCUUGGUGCUUGUGUCCUCUGUGGUGCUGUAUUUGCUGCAUCUGCUGGAUGGGAUCCUGCUGAACCAGGGCACCAUGGAGCAGAAGAGGUUGCCCACCUUCAACAGGACCCUGGCACUGCUCCAACAAGUCAUCAAGUCCUCCAAAGCUCACUACACAGCCCUGGCCUGGUGCUACCUGGGGAUGCUGCUGGAGAGGAAAACCCCAACAUUUUCCCCCACCCUGACGGGGAUCCAGGACAGUGGCUUCUCUGAGGCUGGCCCCCUUGAUUGCUUUGGCGAUGAAACGGUGAAAGACAACCUUUCCGUCCUGAACUGCCGGGUGAAUAACUUCCACUCCCUGGGCUAGCAGGAGAUGGCCAAAGGCAUAUGCAAUAUGGCACUGGAUGUCCUGCGGGACCCACAGCUCAGCUGCCAGACAUACUGCACCUGGGCACACAUCCACAUGAAGAUGCAUCUGCAAGAUCUGGAACAUGUAAAGAUGGGGCAGGGCCCAAUGCCUGAUAGGAGAAAUCUCAUGCAUGCUAAAAAUCACCUCAAAAGGGUCAUCAAGGCUUGCCCAUGCCUGAGGGCAAGCCUAGAUGUGGGCCAGGAAACACUCGCCAUCGAGUACUUCAAGAGGACCAUCAAAGUGGAUGGCGCGGGCUCCACUGAGGGCCUGUGGGGCAUCCUGGAGCCGCUGCUUGUGUUCUUUGGUCAGAAGAAGCUGAGGAUGGAAACGCUGACGCAGGAGGUGGAGCAGCAGGUUAAGAAAGCAGAGGAGAAAUUCCCAUGGCAAUGCCUGCAGCAGGAGCUGAGGGCAGUCUGCCCCAACUGCACGCCGGAGGUGAUCCAGCUCUCCACAGCCAUGAUCACCCCGGGGAGGAUGGCGCUGGUGCAGCUGCUGUUUGAGACAAUGAAGGUCGAUUCUUCCAAGGGCAGGAUGAACUGUCGCUGUCCCUCUGAGUCGCCAGGGGUGGCAGCAGCUUCUGCAGAGUGGCUGUCUCUCUCAGGAGCGGUCUGGACCUUCUCAGCUUCCUAAAACCUUGUUAAUU